ACACACACACACACACACACACACGCUUUUCCUUCCUUCAGUGGGGUAUAUAAGGAGAAGCAGAAGACUCCUGCAUGGGGCAGCAGCAGACCGACUCCAACAAACAACAGCUUUCCUCUACAACUUCAGCUGAGGUGUGUCUGUGUCCGCUCCACAUUUUGAGCUCUUUCCAUAUACGAAGAUUGACUGUUCCUGUCUGAAAUCAACCACCCUGAGCAAUCAUUAUCAUGUCUGAUGAAGCUACCAUCGCGGCUCCUUCUCCUGCUCCUCCCGCUCCCACUGGACCUCCUCCCAAAGUGACAAACCGUGGCCGCGCCGCAGCUCCCGCUGCCAGCGCCAACUCUGAGACAAGCGACAUCCCCGAGUAUGAGUACUUUAUUCAACCAGGCCCCAGGGGAUACCCUCCUCUGACAGAAUAUCUGGACAUCAGUGAGGUGGACAUGAUGAAAAGGCCCGAUGAGAGCAACAAGAUAGCUCAUCACACCGCGCUGUACCACUCUGACUAUCUAAUCGUGCGCAGAGGACAAGAGUUCCAGGUCAAGAUCACCUUCAGUCGUCCCUACAAACCUGCUGAAGAUAAGUUCGCUUUGGAGUUUGUCAUCGGCUCCAGCCCUCAGUUCAGCAAGGGCACCUACGUCCCUGUCUUCCCCACAAAGCAGCGUCAGACCACUUGGGAAGGCCGCAUCACAAACACCUCUGACAACGUGGUCACCAUGGCCAUCACCCCAGCAGCAAACUGCAUUGUGGGGAAGUACCAGAUGUACGUUGCCGUGGUGACACCUUAUGGCAUCCGCAGGACCAGGAAGGAAAGCACCAGGGACAUGUACAUCCUCUUCAAUCCCUGGGUGGCAGAGGAUGCUGUGUUCCUGGAUGAUGAGACGGAGAGGCAGGAGUGUGUGAUGACCGAGAUGGGGAUCAUCUAUCACGGCUCCUAUGAUGACAUUGCUGAGAGGGACUGGAACUAUGGACAGUUCAACUAUGGAAUCCUGGAUUCCUGUUUGUACAUCAUGGACCGGGCUGAAAUGCCCAUCACCAACAGAGGAGACCCCAUCAAGAUCGUCAGAGUAGCCUCUGCCAUGCUGAACUCUCGGGAUGAUGAAGGCGUUUUGGUGGGGAACUGGAGUGGUGACUACACCUACGGAGUAGCACCCACUUCCUGGACCGGCAGCACGGACAUCCUGCUCACCUACAACAGCAGCAAGAUGCCUGUCUGCUACGCUCAGUGCUGGGUGUACGCUGCUGUUUUCAACACCUUCUUACGUUGUCUGGGCAUCCCAUCUCGGGUCGUCACCAACUACUACUCAGCUCACGACAACGAUGGAAACUUGAAGACUGACAUAAUCAUGGAUGAAAAUGGCAAGAUUGAUCGAAACAGAACCAGGGACUCCAUCUGGAACUAUCACUGCUGGAACGAGUGCUACAUGUCCAGACCUGACCUCCCUCCUAGCUUUGGGGGCUGGCAGGUUGUGGAUGCAACACCACAGGAGACCAGUGAUGGCAUGUACAGAUGUGGACCUGCGUCAGUCCAGGCCAUUAAGCACGGACAGAUUUGCUUCCCAUUUGACGCUGCGUUCGUGUUUGCCGAGAUUAACAGUGAUGUGGUGUUUCAUUCCCGGAGGAAAGAUGGGACCAUGGAGCCAGUCAGAGUGAACCGAACUCACGUAGGCCGCCUGGUUCUGACCAAAUCUCCGGGAGAUGUGACCCGCCGCGACAUUACAGAUCAAUACAAAUUUGCUGAAGGCAGCACAGAGGAGCGGACAGUCCUGGAAAAAGCAGAGGAGUACGGCUGCAAACGAGAGAAGUCCAGCCCUCCCGCGGCUGAUGUGGACGUGGUCCUGCCCAACCUGGAGAUCAGCGUGGGUGACAACUUUGAGCUGAACGUGGAGUUCGAAAACAAGAGCGAUGAGCGCCGCACUGUGGACGCCUACAUCAGCGGGAGUGUGGUGUAUUAUACUGGAGUUGCCAGCACCGAGUUCCUGUUCCUGACCCCCAGGGUGGUGAUUGAACCCAAAAUGAAUAAGAAGGAGGUGGCGAUUGUGGAGUCGAAGAAAUACAUGAAGCGUCUGGUGGAACAAGCUAACCUCCACUUCAUUGUUACGGGGAAGAUCAGAGAGACCGGUCAAAUCAUCACCGCAAUGAAAGUCGUCACCCUGCGCAACCCCAAACUCAUCGUCGAGGUGUCUGGUAGAGGCAAAGUGAGUGAAGAGAUGAUAGCAACUGUGGAGUUCACAAACCCCUUCAGCUUCAACCUGGAGAACGUCUACAUUCGCAUGGAAGGACCUGGGAUGAUGGAGCCAAAGUCCAGGUAUUACAGGUUGGUCAUAGGAGGCUCUUCUCUGACCUGGACUGAGUAUUUCACUCCGCACAGGGCCGGGACAAGCAGGGUGAUCGCCACUCUGGACUGUCCUGCUCUCCGGCAGGUCCAAGGCCAGGCAUCUGUCACCAUCAGCCCCUGAAAAUUGCUACGUUCACAAACGCCCAGCAUUAUUUAGCCUCAGUUAUUCUUUUACCACAUAUAGGCCUAUAUCAUUGUUAUGCAACUACAGUUUUUCAGCUACAUAGCUUCAGCAUUGCUGAUAUUGUUUUCAAAUGCGGCACAGAUAGCAGUCAAAUUAAUAGCUAGCUGCUAAAUGGCUUAUAUUUUAUAUAAUAUAAUCCGGUUGUUAAGUGAUGACGUGACAAA